AUGUCUUCGAUUGGACCACAACUACCCGCACACCUCACGAAGAGGAAGCGCAACUCAGACGAUGAAGGCGCAGACUCCCCGCCCUCGAAACAAUUCCGUAACGUCGACGAAAUCGAUCUAGAAGAUGACUCGGAUGAUGAUGGCUUUGGACCAAGUGCCACUGGCGCAACAUCAAAGGCAGACGCGCCGACAACAAAACCCUCUAUCGGUCCUACCAUGCCCCCCUCAAACCCAACAAAUUCCAACGAAAUCCCACUCGACGACUCCGAGUCGGAAGACGAUUAUGGCCCGUCAGCUACUCGAGCCGCUUCACAACCAGAAGCGCCGAAAUCUAAGCCGGCAAUAGGCCCUACUCUUCCUCCGAUACAACCCAUAGGUCCUACGCUCCCUUCAGCAAAUCACCAACCAGACGAUAGCGAUGCGUCUUCAGAUUCUGAUGACGAUUACGGCCCGGCCCUCCCUUCCUCAACCACAGCAGCGCAGCGAACCCAAGCUGCAGCAGUCGCGGCAGCCGCAGCAGCGGCCGCCGGUCCCGCAGCUCCUCAGCGCGACGAUUGGAUGCUCGCACCACCGACGCAGUCCGGAUAUCAAGAGCGCGAUCCGACGAAGCUCAAGAACCGCAAAUUCGCAAGCGGUAAGUCAUCUGCUGGUGGUGGAGGUGGUGGGGGCAUAAGCAGCAUAUGGACCGAGACACCAGAACAGAAGCGCAAGCGCCUUGAAGAUGCUGUUCUCGGCCGAGGAGACCAGGACACUGGAUCAAAGCAGCAAAAACCGCGUCGCACGAGGGAAGAAGAGGAGCGUGACAUACGCAUCGCCGAAAAUAUUGCAGCAUCGCGCGGCAAAAGCAUGUACGAAGAGCACCAGCAGGGGAAGCGGAGCGGUGCAAAGGCCGGGAAGGACGAGGAGGAAGAAGACGACCCGAGCAAGAGGGCAUUCGACAGAGAGAAGGACAUGGCGUUGGGAGGCAAAAUCGGAACGGCACAACGAAGAGAACUGCUCAAUCGUGCCAAAGACUUUGGUGGUCGGUUUCAAAAGGGAUCGUACCUGUAA